AUGAUAAUGUUGAUUAUUGCCAGUCUUAUGUUCCUGUGGGUUUCCUUGUUAUGUAGUCAGUACAUUGAAUACAGUGAAGAACAACUGUAUGCAUCGACAGUUAUUGCCUGUGCCUUCCUCAACGGUUGUGUACCGUUACUAUAUGAACAGAUGUGUGAUGCCGCUUUUCCUAUUCCAGAGGGUAUCAUUGUUGGAAUAUCUGGACUUAUAACAAUGCUAGGAGGCAUAUUUUACAUACUGCCAAUCUCCCUCGUCGAGUUUGAAGAUAACUCAUGGUUGGAAUGGUCAAUACUAGUGAUAUGUGUGAUUGGUUGUCUCGUAGUGCUGAUCACCCCCCAGAGGAAUGGACGGAGCGAUCUCGAUUUGUCCAUUCAUGUGACUAAGACCACUCACUAUAAAAGAUUCGGAGAAGAUCAGAAUAACUUCCUUGUUACAGAGAAAAAAGAUACUGAAAAUGCCUGA